CAAAAUUAUGACUGUGAUGAUUGAUGAAGAGAUUACGAUAAAACGAUUUUAAUGCUUUAAUUUGAUAAAUAAGAUGUGUGCAACAUUAAAAUUUCAUGUGAUAGCAUCAUUUACUAAAUAUGCAACAAGCCAGUAAAGGAAUUACACCGUAAACAUGGAUAAUUUCACCGGGUCAGUGGAUGACCCGGUGGCGCAGCGAUGGAACUCCUCGUCGAUAGACUUCGGGGACAUCACGAUGGAUCGGAACUUCGCGCUGCUAAUUGUCUCACUUAUAUCGGCGAUACUGUGGAUUGUUUACAUAACGUACUACAAUAACCGAGUGCUGGGCUACAUACUAACGAGGCUGAUCAAUAAAUUCUACUUCCAAGAUGAGAACUUCAAAAUAGGAUCAUUUACACUCAAUGCCCUUUCCGGCAAGAUCAUGUUCCGAGACAUAGUGUACAUAAACUAUGACUACACUCUGCGGAUCCAAGAUGGCUACCUUAUCUUCCGGUGGUGGAGAUCCUAUAUUCCUAAAGAUGUUUCUGAAGAUCUGUCCCACUCAGACACGCGCCUGUCGAUCAUGCUAAACGGCUUCGAGCUUCAUUUCUACAACCGCUGUGACCUUUACAAUGAACUAGAGAAGAUAUUCGGCCUUGAGCCUGUCAUCAAACAACACAAUGACGACAAUGACUCGGCAGACAGAGACAAAGCUAUGAAUGAUGCAAAUGAGAAAAGAAGACGAGCACAGGGUGCCGUCAGGUCAGAGGCCGCGAUGGCGAGGACGUGGCGUGAUCUCAUACCUGUCAUCAAAAUAGACAUCUGCACGGGCCGCGUCGUUUUCGGAAACCGACUAGUGCCUACAACGCUCUCUAUCAGUGUUGAAGAAGCUCAUCUGGUCUACAGCACCAAACCCCCUGCUUCAAGCUUAGACCACCUCAUGCAUUUUGUAAAAGCUAAAGCAGAGAAUUGUAAGGUGAUGCUGGCGCCCAGCCCCAACUACACGGCCAUGGUGGAUGAGCCGCCGAGGUAUAUGGGGGAGGGGUUUGUAGUCAUGAGCUCUAACUACAUUGAGGUGUACUUCUACAUGGACGAGCCAGGAUUAGUUCCAGAGCAACCAGUCCUACUGCAACUUGCUAAUGGCGAUGUGGUCGAGUCUGCUCCUCCCAUAUGGGGUGUCGAUAUUAAGUGCGGGAAAGGUACUGAUUUUAGCUACGGCCCUUGGGCGGAUAGGCAGAGGGAUCAUCUAUUCAAAUUCUUCUUCCCCCCGGAUUAUAAGAGCCUGGAGGUUUCACCACAACCCAAACCAGGCGACAGAAGGCAAACACAGUCAUUUGACAUCAGGCUCUCUACACUAAACGAGGCAACUAUAGACAUUCUAUUUACGAAAAACAAAGAAACCAAUGCAGUGCAUAUAAAUAUCGGUGCUGGUUCGUACUUGGAAGUCACUCUGCCCUGGAUUGUGCUCCAAGAUGGCUACACAACCAAAAUCACUGGACAGCUCCUCCAUUUAGAAGCAACAACAAGUCUGCAGUACAGAAGCUUGGCGGAAAGUGAGACCUUGGAGUAUACAGUGAAAUGUCACUACCCUCUAGUGUGGAACCACCAUCAGUGCUGGCAGCUCUCCCUCACAGGGUGCAAAGCCACCGCCCAUCUCGUCUACACUCACAUAGACUUCUUCCUAGAUCUAGUGAAUGAUUGGUCGAACAAAGCACGACCCGACAUCCUACACUUUGUCCCAUACACAUGGAAGAUAUCUUUGCUCCUGAAAGAAUGCGAAGUAGUCACGGUCAGCAACCAGUACAACUGGAUAGACUGCAGUUCUACCAACCAAGAAAAUAAUCAUGUCGCCUUUUGCGGGGACCUUCUGGACGUCUCAUUCGAUCUUCCGUUUGUUGACUUCCUGCCCGAUGUUAUUCCCCUAAAGUUCUGGAUUCAAGGUGAGGCUGUCGACAUGAGCCUUUAUCUCCCAGAAGUAAACACAUCAAGACUUCUUCUGCUAUCAAUAGACAAGAAUAUGAAACUAGUGCCGUGCAGAUUAAAAGCUUCGAAAUGGCGACGGAAAUGUGUUAAAUCCCAAGGCUGGGUUGAUUGUUGGUCAGUGCCAAUAGUAGCCCUCAGUCUGCGGUAUAAUUAUCACCCGGUCCCACCGCUCGGCCCAGAGCCCCAAGCAGAUAUCACAACACCAGAAAAAGAGGAGAUACUCCUAUCUCCGAUGCGAAUACCAAGAAUGAGGAAACAGCCUCAGAUGAACUGGAAUAUAGAUGGAAACAAUUUCGACAGAACCUCGCUGCCGCCAGAUAAAGUCAGUGUGGAACUUGAAGUGGGACCUUCUAUACUCCUCGCCUAUGGAACUAUCAUCACAAGUUUCAUGAACCUUCUCGAGAACAUCUUUGGAGAAGACCAAACAUUUACUGACAUGCAGAAGACACCGAACAUGGACGUAUUUAAUUGGACGCCACCAGAAAACAUAACAAAGCUCAAUGAUAAGAGCAGUAUUAACCAACACACCGAAGUUAAUAUGGAUGACUCAUCAGAUUCGUGCAAAGGUCCUUUCGACCCGAGAAAGUAUAGACCGUUAGACGUGACGGUUUCAAUCAUACUUCACGAUAUUCAAGCGCAUUUAGUGAAAAACUGCAGUGAAAACGAACCACCAUGUCCUGUCGUUCUGAUUGAAAGAUUUGGAUUUGAAAUGGACAAGAGCUUCAAAGAGACGAAACUCCAGCUGCUGAUAAGUCCUUCCAUAUUAGUAUCCGCUAACAAUUUGUCCCGAACAAACCCGAGCAACUCAGGAGCUCUCUAUCAAGGUCACCUGAUGUUAUCAUCCUUCCAGUUAAGAGGGCAUGGUUUCUUCAGUGAUUCAAAUAGAACCGUCGAAGAAGAUACCAUAGAGUACGCAUGGAAGAUGGAACUGCAACUUGGGCAGUUGACAGGCAGAAUCACCAUGCCACAACUAUACCAAAUCAUUUCAUCGCUCGAAACAUUCCUUCUACUCAUUUGCGACAGUGAAAAUGAGCUAGCUGCCCCGAAUCCAAUGAAAUAUUGUCAUCAUGGGCUAAAUAAUGUGAUGUGUUCCGAAACGGACUUGGCAUCAAAAUACCGAUGUCCGACUCCGAACGAGAUCAAAUAUAAAAUGAUCCGUGUGGCUAUUGACCUGAUCGACAUCUACAUCGCCGAUGUCAACACCACGCUACAGACGUGGGUGUCUCCUGUGAGGUUCAGUUUCUGUAACCUCCACGGCUCAGGUUGCGGCAACGGAAUUUCUUGUUUGCUGCCAAAUAUAAAACUUGCUCUCUACACACAAACAAAUAUGCAAACAAGUUCUCACCACCAAUCCACUGGAAGCGGCGUCAGUCAAACUAAGUCUCCUGAAAUGGACAAUUGGGUCGGUGUCGGAUCCGUAUCCUUAGGCCCUAUACUAAUGGAAGUCGCCACAGCGUUGCCACAAAGUCCAAAGAACUUGCAGUUAGUACAGCAGAAGUUUUUAAAACUACAUGAUGACAAAACGAAAAGGCUUUGGUUUUUAUGGCCCAAUGAGGGAAAAACCAGCCAAUGCGGAUGCACUGGAGGCUGCGCAUUUUUUGGGUCGAACAGAAACGGACCCAAUUUCUUCAAGCCUACUCCCUCGGAUGUUCAGGAAGGUGUUAAUGUUGCCAUGUUCAAUAUAAUAGAAACACCCGGAGAAUACGGAUACGGUCAGAGUUUGCUGCAUCCAGGUCAGCUGGUGUUCCACACGCCUCCUUACAACACAAUGAAUGUAUGUUUGCAACCCGCUGUAUCUCUGAUACCGUCGCCUUUGCCUCAAACAAUGAACAAGUCCCCACAAAGUAUAGAGCGACGAAGCCUAACAAGAAGAUUCUCAUACACCAGCAUGGGUAAAGGAAGCACCAAUCUAUUGGUCUCUAGUACCAAAAGUGACGUACCAUACGCAAGGUUGGUCGACUCCAGCAUUCCCUUAGGAAGCUCAAAGAUUGACAGUGAUUCCAAACUAAACAAAAGCAUUCUUAGUGUGCCACAAAUGGAGAGCAGUGUAUCUGAUUCUAGGUUGGCUCUAAACUGCAUCGAGAAGAAUCUAUCAAACACGAAGAAAAGCCAAGAAAACGAUGCAUUUACUGUACCCAAACUACCGUCAAAAAGCGUAGCAGUUUCAGAAUCUCACUAUUCGCUGAACUCACAAGUGCCGCACGAAGAAACUGCUCCCAAGGAAGUGCAGCGAACUAUGUCCAUCACAAGCGAAAACCACUCCGAGGCAUUCUUCUCAGCUGAUGAAGACAUGUUCCCUAGCCGAUCGUCUAGCUUAAAACAUUCGUUUGGAAGUAGACACAGCAAUCAUAAAGACAAGAGCUCUUUUGGCAUCAACGAUAUCAAUACCGAAAAAUGGACCAAUUCGAUGCCUCGUUCUGAAGUUGUUGACGGACCGGACACUAUGAGUAACUUGAGUACAGGAGCGCAGCCAGAUUCGGAAAGCGGCUCAGUCUCUUCCACGUCAUUCAUCUCGGCGAUCUCGUCGCAGGAAGACAUGACGCUCGUGAAUCUUCACAUGCAGACCAACAAGCCCAUUGUGGACUCUCCACUGCUCAUGGCCAGCUACAUGCAGAACUUGCCUCAGUACAAAUGUACCAACUGGUACACCUGCUCGCUACCCAGCGGCAGUGACGUCUACACAGUGCCGCUGUUUAGGAGAGCAGACGAUGGCUCCCUGAUUUAUGUUGGUCAAAAAUAUCUACCAAGCUUUGAACCACUUGGAAAGGUCAGCAUUCUGAAAUUGGUUCCUAAAAAGGACCUGCCUAACCAGAGCCAGACGGGGCCAUAUAGCAACUUGAUCCCCAAUUUUAAUUCACAAAUCAAGUCGCAUCCGUAUCCGAUAGCGUGGUGGGAUCUUCAACAAAACGUUCAAGAUAACCAAGAAAAUGCGACAGAGAAGAGCAGCACCACAUCCACUGCUACCACCACCAGCGACAGUAAAGUGGGUAUAUUCGUCAAACUACGUGGAGAAAUUGACAUCAUGCUGAGUCCGUUAGUUCUGGAAAGUACGCAGAAGUUCGUCGAAUCACUCACGCCAGUUCUAGCCAACGUGCACCCGAUAACUGUCAUCAACCAUCUGCGACUGCUGUGCAUAUCGUCUGUGGAGAGCGGUAACGUGCUGAAGCAAAAACAGUUCGUGUUUAACUGGCUGCCUCAGAUGCAGGCUCGAGCUAACCAAAGCAUAGCAGCCGACAAAGAUGACAAGUGCAAACUUUCAACUAUCCCGAGCACAAAUAUCUACGAAGAAACGAUAUACGAUCUCCUUCAAGCCACAGUUAACAUUCCUAAAGUGAACAUGGUGUUCAUACAAUCGUCUGUGGUUGAAGACAUGAUAUCAUUCUCGGCACUAGACAAUAUCCAAGACUUGACAUGCGUGUCGUUUUUCGGAAUAUCUGUGGAGAACAUUACGGCGAAGUUCGUCAGUUCAAAGAAGACACUGGAGUCUGUCCAGUUGUACUACAGGCCGACUCUGAGGGCUCUUGGCAGUAAGAAGUCCUUUGGGAUAAUGAAAGGGCCGAGAGCUCUGAUUUCAGCCUCGUCGGGGUCAGGUAGAAAGAGAGGACAAGAGAAGGGUGACCCCGUUUAUAUUGAGAACUCUCAACAACAAUCUGAAGAUAUUAACUUCAACUUAACUGUCGGAAAAGUGCACGGUCAACUUCGGCGCAUACGCAAUGAAACGACGUCAUUGAAAGAUGCAACGAUCACUGGCAUUCCGAGCCACCAUUCCAAAGUGUCCUUCAAGUUUAUCAAGGUGGACCCUUGCGCUAAAGGACCCGAACCAUUGAAUGUUCCAAACGGCAAUACAACAGACGCCCAGAAAGAGAACGCGAUUGGCUACAUCAUGUUUGAGUGCGGCCUCGAGGGCAUAUCCCUGAAGGUGUCCAAACAUUCCCAGCUACAAAAACCCAGCGAAGAGAAGAAACCGUCCAAAGAGAAUGAAAGUUGUCGGGAAUCUGUGAAAUCCGCCGAAGAAGUGAAGGUAGAGAAACCGGAGAAAGUCAAGAAUAGAACCUCCGGUAUUGAGGAUCUCUUUCGGAAAAGGGAGUCAAGUUCAAAGCCUAGUACACCUAAUUUGAGUGCGACGCAGCCGCCGCCCCCGCCGCCACAGCAAGUACCACCCGCGGCGCCCGAACCCUCCACCCCUGGCCCAGACCAGGACGGCUCCAACAACGACAGCAACACCACCAUCGUGCCGGUCAAGGACAACGGCAACUCGACGUCCUGCGCCAUAGAUCUCAAGGUCGUGUGGUUCAACUUCGCCGCGCCUCCUCGUACGCCGAUUACUAAGAAGAUUGACUAUACGAGACUAGACUGGAACCUGCUAAGCACAGCCUCUCCCGCCAUCAACGCAUGGAUGAACCCGUGCAACCGCGUGGGCAUCCGCGUGGUGGCGCUGUGGCGGGCGCGCGCGCGGCGCCUCGCCGCCACCGCCGCCAGCCUCAUGGCCGCCGCGCUCGACCUGCCUGACCACCACACGCUGCCUAAGAGUCGCUACGGCCGUCACACGCCCAUGGCUAAGCAACUUCGAGAAGAGCCAUCACUGCAACUGUGCGCCGUGCUACUGAGAUACGCACUGCAAGCCGACGCCGCGGCCGUGCAGGCCGACCUGGCCGAGAGGCAUCUGCCGUCCUUGUCUACGCUGCGACAGGGUGUGAUCGUGCUGAGUCGGCAGUGGAAGAACAUUCUGUACACGCCGCUGCUCUUCGAGCACAACUUCAAGAGCAAAGUCAUGAAGCCUCUGAAUGUGACCUUCGCUUUGCCCAACUUGAUGGAGGAUUCAGCAGAAGGGUGGCAGGAGUACCAGCUAGAGACAGAAGUGUUGGACGAAAACUGUUUACUUCUGGACAUGGAGGUGGACAAACUCAACAUGCCAGCGGCGGGCGACAGUCCGCGCCCGCACUCGCAUCCGUCGUCGGCGCCGCCCUCCGUGCGCGGCUCCCACAGCGCCCGAGGCAGCCUGGCGUUCCCGACGCUGCCCUUCUCCACCAGGAAACCCGCCUUCCAUGAUGACGCCAUCGCUAACUACGGAACCCUGAAGGAAGAUCUACCGAUGGUGGGGUCCAACCCGUCGUUGUAUUCGCCUCAUGGAAGCGAUGAGAACAUCAAAAACGAUAGAGCAAGAGAAGACCUUUAUCAGUGGAUGGCUAAGCAGGAGCCGAUUAAAGUGGAAACCAAGAGCAAGAAGCCUCACCUCCCGCCGUCCAUGACCCCCCGGCUGGUGCCUCUAGCCAUGCCGGCGUGCAGCCUGUACCCGCUGCAGGGCUCGCUGAUGCUGCUGGACGCGCACCUCGUGUUCCAGCCGCUGCUCGCGGCGCUGGGCGUGUCCCCGCACCAGGUGGCUAGCCGGGAAUCCACAAACCCUGCCACCGGAUCACCUCGUGCCACCUCGCCCGCGCUCGAGUCACUCGGCUCUAGACUGUCUCUAGUGGCGUGGAUGGAGAUGUUAAGGAUACACAUCAUUGUGAGCGACCUGUCCAAGCAUGAGCAUAGGAAGGCUAAGGGGAAGAACCCCCAAACCCACUCAGAGCUGACCUCCGAAGCCCCAGCAUUUCUAUGCGAGAAGGUGUCAAUAGACGUGGACCUCAAGAAAGUGGCAGAUAUGGCGGUGGAUGACCUCAUUCAGAGACAAAACGUCCUGUAUAUUUCCAGAGGACAGUUGAAGAAACAUAUCAGCACUAUGGUCAACUUUAAUAUAAGUGUGCGGUUUAUUUCACAACAGGUCAACAUGCCUCUUUUGCGAUUGCUGCAUCAAAUAAGCAAUAUGUACCAAAACGUCAAAGACACACAGAUUGAGCUAAGAAGCCAAACCAAGAUCUCACAUAGACAAGACAAACACGCUUCUUCCUCAGUUUCAGACUUCCAAGAGAACCUAGUCAGCGUCACCUCGCUAGAAAAGGACGCACAAUACGCAGCCAUGGAGCCGAAGUGGGACGUCCUGACUCCGCUGCCCAGCGCCCCUGACCGCGCCUCCUGGGGCACUCAGAAGAGCACCACUCCUCAGCCCGUGAGGUCCAGACCGCAGUCUUUUGCGCAGAAGCUGAGGUCUACGGGCAAGACUGUGAAGGGGAAACUUGGCUACAGCUCGCUGAACGAGGGCGCGCACACGCCCAUGUUCCCCCCCACGUCGCCCCCCGCGUCCCCCGCGCCCGACGGCAAGCUCACCCCGCGCUGCUGGCGCACCCUGUACCUGCUGCUGGAGCUGUACGCCGCCAUGCCGGACGCCAGCACCAUCACUCACAGAUUCUCAGUAACGCCGAACAUGCCGGAGCAGUACCGCCACCGUGGGGCGCCCUCGGCGGACCCCCACGCCCGAGACGCUUCAGUAUCGUCUAGUACGCCUUCUGGCAUCGUGCUGAGGGGAGUCGCUAGAAUCCACCGCACCCGUCUGCUAGCCUCUCUCUCGGGGCUCAAACUCGAAGCCGAGAUCACUUCGCUCCAGGGCUCACUGUCGGCGUCGCGCGCGCGGCAGUGGUCGCUCACGGGCACGCUCGGCCGCAGCAUGAUCGUGCUGCUGGAGGGACAGCCGCCCGCGCAACAAACCGUAGUCCGAGUCACAGUCGGCAAGUCCCAAUCCCUCUACUCGUGGGACGCCCAGGGCGCUGGGGCGGGCGGCGGCGCGCUGCUGUCCGUGGGCGGCGUGCGCGUGGAGCUGCCGCAGCACCCCGUGGCGCUGCACGGCGUCAUGACGCGCAGCACGAGGCAUUUGAGUGAUACGCUGCAGGAGCUAGGCGUAACCCGCGCCUCCCCGCGCCUCUCCCGCGGUGGGGCUGGCUCAGAGGACGAGGAGGGCUCCCCGCCCCCCGCGCCACCCCCGCCCCCGCCCGCCGCGCCGCCGCCGCUGCCGCCGCUGUUGCACUUCUCUAUUGUGCUACAAAGCCUGAGCGUGACAGCGGCGCUCCUGCCGUCCCUACAAGCCCAAUACAAGAUGGAGCACGUGCACGUGGUGGGCGUGACGGGCAACAAGGCGCACUUCACGGUGGAACUGCCGCAGCACGAGCUCAGCUUCGUCACCAAGCUGCAGGUGACAGAAGCGAACAUCCCGGCCGCGGCGAGCGUGGCCCUCCCCGGGGUGCACAUCGGCGCGCGAACGGUGGAGGGAGGGGCGGGCGAGCAGGCGGAGGGCGUGGUGCUGCGCCCCGGCCGCUACCUGGCCGCCACCGCUGACAUCGCGCGCUUCGAGCACACGCUGUCCACACACCUUCUCAACCACCUCGUCUUUGUGCAGAAGGUCUUCAUGAAGGAAGUGAACGAAGUGGUGCAGAAGGUCUACGGAGGAGAAAAACCCGUGCCGUUCUGGAAUGAAGAGGAGGCGUCCACUUCUGCUCUCAACAGGAUUCUGUUCUCACUCACCAUUAGAAUAAAGAGGAUCCAACUGACAGCCACCACGCCCAGCAACUCGGCGGUGCGGCUGGAGACGGGCGCCGUGCAGUUCCAGCUGUCCAAUAGAGUGCAGCAGCCGGGCCAGCUGCGCAUGUUCGCCAAGGCACAGGUGGAGUUAAACUUGAGUCUCGGCCAACUGAUCCGGAACGCCAUGUUUGAAGAAGCGGAGCCGGAAUUUCAACAAUAUGCAUUUUUCAACACUAAAAUAUCCCUCCGCAACGCAUUCCAAGACGAGAUGGUGGCCGGUGAUGACAAGGAAGUGGUCCUCAUAACCCUGAAGCGACCACUCAUCUACAUCCAGCCAGUAGCCGUGGACAAGGCCAUCCUCGUGUGGCUGAACUAUAAGAACGCGUAUGAAUACUGGACCGAGAAGCGACUGAGUCUGAAUAAGGAGGUGCUGACGGCCACGCAGCAGCUAUUUGAGAAGGUGCAACUGUCAUCACAAAUGGCGGCUCCACACCUGAGCACGUUGUUCCUGCAGCUGAAUGUCGAUGACAUCGGGAUCUGUCUGCCGCUCAACCAACCGCCUGUGGCACCGUGGGGACACCGAAACCUGUACGAGUUGGAAUCACGGGGCGCUGUUGUCAUCACUCUGGAGAGCACCAGCAUCUCCGCUUGUAGCUCAGGAUCUCUAGUCAGCAAGGGCCGCUUCGUAGGGCUCUGCCUACGGUUUGCGGAAGACUUCGAAACGUCUCUGGACGACUGGAAGCCGAACCCCGACGACUCCAACAACAUCUGCAGCGUCUCCGAGGGCACGUAUGAAGUGUGCAGCACUACUACUGCCGCUAAACAUAAUGAAAACGCCAAAUGGUUCCUGAACGUGUCCUGGCAAAUGGAGGGCGUGGACAUCCACCUGGACGUGAACGUGGGCAAGCAGCUGUCCGCCCUGGGGCACACCUUGACUAUGUUGACUGGAGUGGAGGAGGAGGACCCGCUGAAGAUGGACUACGAGAGUGACUUGGAUGAUGAAGCCGAUAAUAGCAAGGAUUCACAGGAAAGCAUAGUCCUCCGGCGCAAAUACACAGACCACCUGCCAGCCUUCGUGUUCGACACGACCAUCGACGCCAAAAAGAGGUCUAAGCUCAUCGAGAAAGAAAUGAAUGAACAGGCCAAGAUCAUCAAUGACUUGAGGACGUUGGGAGCCAGUCAUAGCACCAUAGAGUAUGAGAUGAAGAGGCUACAUGAUUUGGAGGCGCUAGUGUUUAAGGACUUCCGACGCGACAUGAUACAGAAGCUCCGCCGCCAGAGCGUGCGGGCCAGCUCCAUCACGAAAGGAAAACUCGGACUCGGCUCCAACCGUAGCAAGUCCUUCGUGGCCGCGCCGCCUGAAGACCAGCAGGUGGACCUUGCGGACCCGCUGGCGCUCGGCUCCAUGGGCGCGGGCUCGUCCGGUGAGACCCUGCUGCUGGGCGACGACGAGCACCGCCUGGCAGACAUCAUAGAGGGCGCCAGCUGGAGCUCCGUCGAGAGCGACACUGGGGAGGUGUAUGGGAAAGGGGGAGGGAGUUCACACCCCAGUGCGGACCCGCUGGCGCUCGGCUCCAUGGGCGCGGGCUCGUCCGGUGAGACCCUGCUGCUGGGCGACGACGAGCACCGCCUGGCAGACAUCAUAGAGGGCGCCAGCUGGAGCUCCGUCGAGAGCGACACCGGGGGAGGGGGUUCACACCCCAGUGCGGACCCGCUGGCGCUCGGCUCCAUGGGCGCGGGCUCGUCCGGUGAGACCCUGCUGCUGGGCGACGACGAGCACCGCCUGGCAGACAUCAUAGAGGGCGCCAGCUGGAGCUCCGUCGAGAGCGACACUGGUCCAUCGCGCUCGGCGUCGCUCCGCGGCUCAGGUGCCCGCGUCAGCUUCCAGCCGCCGCCCGUGCAGCGCCAGCGCUCCCUGCCGCAGCCCAGCUGGAGGCACGACCCUGGAUUGCUAACAACAGACGGCGGAGGACAAUCAUCGACAGAAUCUAAAACCCAAAGUCAGAGCAGCAAAGCCAAGCAAACGGAGCCCAACAUAGACUUCGAGUUGGACGUGAAGGUGCACAUCAACAGUGGCAAGUGCAUGCUGCAUACGAAGGAGCCGACUAAAGAUGAUGAUAUGAAGAUUGGUUCGCGCAUGCGCGUAGGCCGCUCUUGCAGUGGGGGCGUGUCAGAGCUGGGAGUGGGGGCUCCGCCUUCGCCCCCCGCGCGCCGCGCCAAGCCGCCCGCCCCGCGCUCGCCUGCCAUCGACCUCACUGUGUUUAGAGUGCCUGGGUUGGAUGUUAAGGUCCACUACGAGUCCAAAACCGUCUCCCCGUCGCCGGGCGAGGCGCGCAAGGUGCCCUGCAAGAAGGCGGCGCUGUUCGCGUGGCUGACGCUGCAGAGCAUCCCCGAGGAGACGGUCAUCAGCCCGCACAUCCUGGAGUUCCUGGAGCAGACGCUCGAGCCGCUGCCGCCCAAACACGAGCCGCAGCCGCAAGCGGAAACCUCGCGCGCGACCGAAGACCCGUCCUACAACCAAUACGUCUACGCUUCCUUCCCCGUUGACGUCAUAGUUCACUUCCACAUGCAGCCGUCCACGUUCCGGUUCAGCUGUCUGCCGGCGUCCAGGGUCGAGUGUCUGUUACAACUGCCUUCUCUGCAGAUUGUGGCCAGCUCUAAACGGGCUACUGACCAGGACGUGACCGAGCCAGCCAUAGCCAUGGGCGGUCUGAGCGUGACCGGCUGCCUGGCUGACUUCUCCGUCUACAUCUUCCACCCUUACGGCGGCAAGAAGUCCAGUGUCAAGGAGGCGCAGUGGUCCCCUCUAUCGGACACAGAACGCAAAGACUCGCUCAGUGUGAACGUGGAGUUUGUGAAGUUCCACCUGUCUCGCUCUCGUAAGCUGGACCACGCCCACAACGACCAAUCAAAGGCCACCGUCAGGUUUUCAACAAUCGUGGACAUAGGCUCGGCGUCGUUCAAGUACGACAUGCGGCGCCUGUCGGAGAUCCUGGCGUUCCCCAAGGCGUGGUACCGCCGCACCAUCGUGCGCCGCAUGUUCCUGGGCGACCUCAGCAUCAACCAGCCGCACGAGACUAGCCCACAAGCAAACAACGUACCAGUGUCUCCGGUGCUACCACAGAGAGAGAGGGCAAAGACUAUGAACAGCCAGGCGUCCAGAGAUAGCACAGCGUCCAUGACGGCUGGCAACGCGGCGUGGGAGACGCUGGUGCUAUUCGCCGUCAACUUCACCAAGCUCAACGUGCAGAUGAACAUGGGCAACGUCAUGGGGAAUGUCAGCUGGCUUUCCAACGACUUCAACUGCACGGGGCGGCUCGGCAUCGGCAGCACGGGGCACCGCAACAUGCUGGUCGGAGUCGCCCUAGGAGGUUCCUCUCUAGACGCGAGGGGGGGGAUAGUUGGUGGGGCUAUAUCGCUGUCUUCGCUUGAUACUUAUGUCCACAUAGAAGAGGAACCCGGCCGCAGCCCGGGCCACGUCGCCGGCUUAUCCCUGGGAGCCCUAGAACUACGGCUAGAGUACAUGGGAGGUGGCGUGCUGAUGGCGCGAGUGUCUCGCCUGCAGUGCAAGCUGAGGGACGAGUGGAGGGAGCCCGCGCAGCCGCGAGGCCCAUCAAUAAUCCUGCUCCACGGCGCGCUAAGCUGGCACCAGCUCCAGAUCCUGAUGUCCCGCUCCAGCACCCCGGAGCUGCUGAAGAUGCAGCUGAAGCUCGAGGAGUUCUUCUCCCAGCAGUUCAAGUCCAGCCGGCGGGUGUUUAGCUCGCUGCAGGGCGGGCAGGGGUAUAGGGGAGCGAGGGCGAGGGCUAAGGAUAAGGGAGCUCCACCACCAUCAUCAUCAUCAGCCGCCGCACCAGUGCCUCAACCCGAGCUGCGCCACCACCGGCACUGGCAGAAGGUGCUGCAGCUCAUCACCGGCGUGCGGCUCACCACACUGCCCGAGACCAUGCAGUGCAACGGCACGGUGCUCGGCGGCACGAUGGAGCUGCAAGGCACCAACGUGUCCCUCGCCUGCUUCCACGGCAACAGCUUCAAGGCCAAGUCUUGGGCGCUGUUCAGUCUGAAGGAGCCGUGUAUUAGUUUUGCUACUGAAGCGCAGCAGCGGCCGAAUGAUGAAGGCGAGAUGGAGGUCCACGUAGUGCAGUCGCUGACAGCUUCCCUCGGCUCCUCAUCAUCAGCCGGAGCCCGCCACCAGUCCAUGGGCACGGUGUGUCGCAUGACGCGGGCGCUGCUGUUCCCGCCGCAGUUCAAGACGCUGCGCGAGUGGUUUCAUUAUGCGUUCGCUAAUAGCGAGAUUGAUGCAAUAGAAAACUUCCCGUCCAUCGAGCGCGACGCCCCAUCCGGCCCCAACACCUCCUCCGUGGAGCGGGACCGCGAGCGCGACAGAGAGAGACGGGAGCGCGGCGCGGCGGACAAGCACGUGCGCGAGGUGAUCUUCGCGCUGCCGGCGCUGCGCCUGCUGCAGCGCACCGACCACCGCCAGCGCGCGCAGCCGCCCACCGAACACGACAAGAAGCCGGUGGUGGACUGCAGCUUCAUGACGGAGUUCGAGGACCACAUCUUCGUGUCGGUGGACGCGGAGGCCUUCCUGUUCCUGCACGACUUGAUCUCUUCUUAUAUUAAGGAGAAGGAUCGCGUGAUGGCGGGCAGCGGCCGCUCGGCGUGGGGCGAGAACGGCACGACGGCGGCGGCGGGCGACGACUGCAAGCCGUCGCUGCCGCAGGACUACCGCGACUACAACUGUCUGCAGUGGCACCUGGAGCCCACCGUCAGACUGUUAUCCUGGGGCGGCAAAUCCAUCGAGCCGUACGGCGUAGACUACAUCCUACAGAAGUUGGGCUUCAGCCACGCGCGCACCACCAUCCCCAAGUGGCUGCAGAGAGGGACCCUCGAUCCACUGGACAAGCUCCUGUCGCUGGUCCUACUUAGACUGGUCGCUAUAGUACCUCAUAAGUGAGGUCAAGGUAACGGUUAUAGUGAUCGGAUCAGUGUAUUGUGAUGGGAAGUAAUGAGGUUUGAAUUUUGUGCUGUGGAAACUAAUUUGGCUACGGAAAAAAAUAUUUAAAGAGAUGAAUUACAAUGGCUAUUUUUGCAUUAAGUUUUCACAGGACAUCAAUGGUCUCAAAUGUCAAACCUACCCGGUUGGUGUGACCCUAAGGUACCUAGGGUUGGUGAACCUUUUUUCUCUAGAACAAAAUUUUAUUUUGUCUGCCAAAAUAAAAUUGCAUUUGCUGCAAUGGAUGAAGCAAAACUUUUAAUUGGUUAUGUAAUUUCUAAAACUAAAUACUGCCAAUUUAAUUAAUUUGCCAUUCAAUAUGCGAGGCAGUGCAGGAAAGUUUUUGUUAUGUUUGUUAACUGGAGUUACCAUGGUUAUCUUGCAAACUGGCCACGCUGGGCUCAUGAUCUACCUUAAAUUAUAAAUACUUACCCUCUAAUGUAGAUUUUCUAUCCUUCUCACAUUAUUAAUCACUGUGAUUGGAUGAUGUGUGAACGAAUAGGUAGAGAUAGAAUGGUGAUUGGACCAAUGGAGUAUGCGGAAAAUCUCCCUUAUAAUGCAGUUUUUUAGAUCGUUUUAGGAGUUGUGUAGGAAAAUAUUGAUGAAAUUAAAAGGACGACAUCUGCAAACAUAUGCAAUAAAACUAUUUUUCUGAAUAUUUUAGAGAUUUUUCACUCAACUCUGUUUUAAUUUAAUAAGUAGUUCAAUUUGGACUAGUUAUAAAUGUAAGGAAUGUAUCAGAACAUCCGUCUUCUAUCAGCAAGCCCAAGUAAUGAUUGAAGGGCAAAAAGAUAACAUUUUUCGAUGCGAAGCAAAAGUCGCAAAAGUUACUAGUUAUACAUAAUAUAAAUAAAUAAACGGCGCCUUUUCCAAGGACUAGUAAAUACCGCAAUGUAUUCUUAUGAAAUCUAGCAAAAUUCAUGUUAACGGUUUUGAUAUACACAUGUAAUCCCCUCAAGUUAGUCCAUUUAAAUUUUAUUUUAGUAUAAAAUAUUCUUACAAAUAUCGUAAGUUAACAUAUUACACACACACUUUCAUUCCGUACCUAAAAUGUAAAUUCUUAUAAUAUUGACUAGUAUUUAACCACUUCUUUGUAAGGAACCGUAAAGGCAAUAGCAAUGAAAGCCUUGUAGCGAUGUAUAGGUUCGUAUUUGUAAACUUAUCUACAAAGCAUGGGAGGGUCUAAUGUAAAAUGAGUGUAGUUAGUCGCAGAGUUUAAUUUUUUUUAAUGGCCUAUGAACGGUAAUGGUGCUUCUAGAUGAUUGCUAAGUACAAUCUUCUUGUUUAUGCCUUUUUUGAUAAAAUCCUGAUUGCACACACACUUUGAGAUCGCUUGGAACAAGAAUAUGUUCACUAAGGAAUAUGUAGAAAAAGGCAUCAACCUUUUGUUAAAUAUAAUCGCAUCACAUUUUGACUUCGUGAUCUAAAGUAUGAUUCCAAAGAUAUUAAUGAUCGUAGUAUUAGGUUUGUAUUAGUUUUAAUCAAGUUACUGAUUUUAUUAUUUUACGUAAUUAUGGUUUAGUGGUGUAUAUCCAUAUCCAAGUGUGUUUGGUUUUGUUGUAAUAAUUUAUCGAUUAUUUUAGUCAUUUACCGGUUUACAUUGUUUCAUUUAUUUAAUCAAAAUAAAAAACAAAUUCAACAACUACCUAUCCUAUACUUUUUAAUAUAAACAAUCAUAAUUAUAGGUCCAGUGAAAAACAGAAGAUCUAGAACAUUUUGGAAUGGAGCUAGAUUGGUCACAAAAGUAAAUAAGUUCUUACUUAUUUGUAAUUUCGCAAUAAUUUGAUCUAUGUUUUUUAAUUUAAUGGUAUUUUAGUUACAAUGGCUUUACAUGUAAACACUAUAAUUUAAAUGUUUCUUGCAGAUACGCAAAGGUAAAAAGUUUUAAAUACAAAAGGCAAAAGUUUAAUUAUGUCCUUCUAAAGUAGUCACUAUUUGCGUAUCAGUGAGAAAACUUUAAAUGAUUAUUCUGUGAUUUAAAAUAGACAUAAUGCUAUUUACUUUCGAAUCUUUUUAAGUAUCCCGAACAUACCACGAAAUUAUUUGAGUAUAUACUUAAAGUAAGUUUAGCAUGAUGUGAAGUUUGGCAGUCUACAUACCUAGUGAUGUGUAUGUACUUUACUGGCUCCUAUGUAGAGUUUGUAUUGGUAUAAAUCUGGUAUGAACUCUUAAUGAAUUAUCCAAUAAAUAUCAAUUAGAAUUCACCUACAUAAUUUUGUAUAAGAGUGGGCGAUAAGUGCCCUUUUUCGUUAGGUACUUUGAGCAAAGUAGUGUUGUAUGUUUGGGUAAUUUUAUUUUGUUUAAGAUGUUAAUUUUAAAAACCGUUAAGUAAUGGGCUUUAUUACUGUGCUAUAUAAUAUUUUAUUACUAUGGAAUGUGGAAAGAUUGUACAUAAAUAAUGAAAAUAAAGAUGAUAUAAAUAAAUCAAUAUUAGAUCA